AUGCUAAAGUUUGCAAGAAAACGUUCAAGUUCCACAGACCGGGAGUUGAUGAGGAACAGAACCUCUCCUCAUCCGUCCCGCCCUCGAUCAUCCUCCGCUGAAAGAUCUUCUGGUUUUGUGACUACCUUGAGAAAUGAGUUAGUUGAGUCCCCAGUUCAGGUGACAAAAUCGGAGACAAGAGCAGUGAGUAGUACUGCACCAAUACGGAGAAUAGACCUAUGUGAGAAUAGGACUAUGAGAAAUCAGAUCUCAGAAAAACGAAACUCCGUCCUGAUGAGUUCAAAAGCAACCUUAGCACCUAUGACCAACACAUUAAGUCAGUUGGUUUCUCAAGUACAAAUAAGUGAGACUGGUGAUACAUGUAAACCUCCUCCUGUCCUACCCAGGAAACCUAAAGUGGAAAACUUCCUUCAGCAUUAUACAGGACAUUUAUGGAAGGUUGAACUCCUGGAUACAAGUGGAGAGAGCGGAUAUGGAACAGACAAUAGUGAUAACAAUUCAUUAAGAUCUCAGGACUCAGUUGAACCUAUCCCUCCUCCUUUACCACGGAGAAAACCCAGAAGAAGGGUUCAGUUUGAUUCUUAUGUAUUGUUAAUGCAAGCUUUAAAAGAGCGGGAUAUUAAAGGCAUAAUGUCAACAAUAUUCAAUGUUUCCGCCGAGGCACUUUGCACAGAAGAUGUUGUUUAUUAUUUUCACACGGCGAUAUUGCGCCAGGACUACGAGAUGACCGACCUAUUGGUGAGGGCUGGUUGUGAGGUCAACACUUUUGACCAUCGUGGUUGGUCUGCUCUACACUGUGCUUGUAGUGUAGCAAGGUUGGAUAUGAUCAAGCUGCUUCUACAGAACGGAGCAGCGGUCCUGGCUAGAACACAUCACUCCAGUCAGACCGGGAGUCAACUUCUCCCUCAGGACAAUCCGGCAUUCCCUCAAUGCUUGGCAUAUCUCAGAUGCAUGGAGGAAUGUCUUGGCACUGUAAACUCAAGGAUUGCUCUAGCAGCGGCAAACUAUAGAGCUUGCAGGGUAGAUGAGCUGAGUAUAAGCAAGGGGGACCGGUUGACGGUGCUACGCCGAGGGGACGUGAAUAACGAGAUGUGGUGGUGGAUGAAAAAUGCAAGAGGAGAGGAUGGAUAUGUUCUCAGGGACCUUUUAGCGCUUAACUCCAGGUUCACUUGA